AUGCAUCCUCGCUCUUCUUCUCAUCGUCCUUCGCCCCGGCCGUUGCUGUCCACCAUGGCGCUGCUCAACCCCAUCUACGUCCUCUUUGUGCCCUUUUUGUUCGUCGUCACAGUGCCCAUGGCCCUCUUUGCCGGCGUCACCACCACGCUCGCCUUUUCCGUGCUCAUCUGCCGCGGCAUCCUCGUCUACCUGGACCUGGCCGUGUCCUACGUGAACCGCUCCAUCCACGGCCUCAAGGUGCCCUCGCGCCUGCACCAGGCAGCGGCGCGCAGCGACCCGCCCUCGCCCACGCCCUCGUACCUGGCGCUCCGUCAGCGCCGCCGCCGCAGGCCCAGCUCCGUGAGCAUCCUCUCCGGCGGCACCGUCACGCCCGUCAACGACGUCGGCCUGGGCCUGACGCCCAGCAUCGGCGCGGAGCGCGACUACGAGGGCCUCGGCGGCUGGCGCGUCGGCGACGACGAGAUCUGGACCACCAUCAACUCCAGGCUCGAGCUGCCGGACAGACAGCACACUCGCCAUCACCACCGCUCGCCUUCGGGAGGCGGCGCAUCCACCCCUGGGGAAGGGGGCAUGCUCAUGAUGAAGCGCCGCACGCGCAGCCCCGAGACCAAGACUGUCAAGGCGCCCGUCUCAGCAGGGCCGGCAUCCCCCAACAGCUCGAGGACCAGGACGCCUUCUACCUCUCGAGUUGGCUUUGGCCCGUCCUUGACGCAAGAGAGCUAUUUCUCACUGGUCAUGUCCCCAAAAAUGGCUUCCAAAAUGGCGUCCAAGAAACCUGCAAUGCAGCAUUAUUAA